CUAGAAGGAACCGGCCGGCGAGCAGAGGGAUUGAGGAGUACCCCGGCGUACGUUUGUGUUGUGCGCGCUCUCUUCGAGGAUAAUCUCUCAGUGUCGCACGAGAAGUUGUCCAUCGACGUUUGUUAUACGCUCGAUCGUACGAAGCGUUUAUUAGUUUUGACUGAGAACCGUAGACGCUGAAUAACUUGUGAAAGAAAAUAAAUCAAGAUGACGAUGGCUACGGAGACAGAGAAUACCGGACCAGAGAGCAAGGAGAUUAAGGAUGUAAAGGAGAUGAAGGAGGCGCUGAAGGACGAAACGCCGCCGGACAAUAAGCAAGAAGAGAAAGAUGCGGCUAAGAAAGAAGAAAGUGGGAAAAAGGAGGAGGCUACCGACGCCGCGGCUGCUACGGCAUCAUCGGCACCGACCAAGGCUAUCAGCGUGCAUAAGACCAACUACGAGAAGGACGUUGUUUAUCUCUAUCAGUUCUCUCGAACGCCGCUCCUGCCCUCCAUCUCGCCGUAUUGUCUCAAGGUGGAAACAUGGUUGCGACUGACCGGCAUCAGAUACGAGAACGUGGACCACAAGCUGAAAUUCCGUUCGAAGAAAGGCGCGCUGCCGUUCGUCGAGCUAAAUGGCGAGGAGAUCGCGGACAGCAUUAUCAUUCUCCGCGAAUUAAGCCAAAAAUUCAAUAAAGACCUAGACGCUGGCCUUACGUCUGAACAACGAAGCGUUUCCCAUGCGAUGAUAUCCAUGAUCGAGAAUCAUCUGGUUUGGGUAGUGACGUGUUGGCGCACCAAGAAUUUCGAUCAGGUCCUUAAGGGAUACAAGGUGAACCUUCAGCACGUUCUCGGCAGCCGUAUCCCCAAUGGUAUUCUAAACUUUCUCUUCAAGCUUACAUACGGACGUAAGGGCGCAAAGAAGGUGAAGGCUCAGGGCAUGGGAAUGCACACCCCUGAAGAGGUAUCCCAAUUUGGAUGCGCUGAUCUCAAGGUUCUCUCCGAUAUGCUUGCUGAUAAACCCUUCUUCUUUGGAGAUGAACCAACCACGUUGGACGUCGUGGCGUUCGCGCAUCUCGCCCAGAUCCUCUACAUCGACAAAGACACGCCGUACAGCCUACGGGACUACAUGGCGGAGAACUGUCCGAAUCUGGUUGGACACUGUUCGCGCAUGAAGGAGCGAUGCUUCCCCGAUUGGGAUCAGAUCUGUACGACUCUUGACAUGAACACGCAUUUACCAAAACCUGAGAAACAGGAAGAGAAGGAAGGUAAAGAGGAGGCGAAGGAGACGAAAGAGUCGAAGGAGGAGAAAGAGGGCGACAAAGAGAAAGCUGACAAGGAGGAGAAAGAGUUAGAGAAGGAUAAGGAGGUUGACGAGAACAAAGAAAAGGAAAAAGAAGGGAAAUAAGCUGUCUCGAGAGGAAAGGAAAAGUAAAUAAGUCGUUCAAAGGGAAAGAAGAUUUCAAACUUGUGGAAUAUUGUGGGUGUGUGAUCUGGUAAGAAACGGAGGGGGGGAUAAGGGUUAGACGGAGAGGGUGAGUAAAGCAUGAGAGGCGUGUAUGAAUGAACGUAUUGAAAGGAAAAGAGUAAAUGCAUAGAACGGAUGAGAGUGUAUGCAUGCGAAUAGAGUACAUGAGAGGCAAGAAGAGGCGAUCGAAUGUAUGUGUACGUGAAAAAAAAAGAAAGCAAGUGGCGUAGAUGCGACAAGCGUUUUUAAGAUUAGAGCUCUCUACUUAUACGUAUAGAUAUAUUAAUAGGCUCAUAAUGUUAAAUACUUCGUUUAUAUACGGUUCGUAACAUGUUACGUCGUUUCUCAUUGACACACCCGAAGCACACCCGGAAUCGAACAAUCUUUAUCCGACCCAUGGGCCCUUCGCCCUCCCUCCCUGGAUAAACGAAGAGAAAAAAAAAAGUAAAAAAAUAAACAGAACGGGGCUAUCUCAUAAGUCAUUAGAAUAUCGUAGGUUUGCAAUAUAUCAAAUGCAAUAGCCUGAUGCGCGCAGGUGGUACGAGAUCUUCGACGAGAACAGUGGCCAAAAGGAUGAAAGAA